CAUUCUCAACCAAUACUGCUUUCUGCAGCAGCAACCAGGGCGAUUUCAACAUCACUGCUACUUGGACCGGACCUUACCAGAGACCGUAGAAGGCGACAGGAAUCACUUGCAGUUUACCAGCAUCCGUAUAAGUUUUGAAUUAGACAACUUCGAUCACUUACUAAACUACGCGGAGCAGACCUACAGGAGGCUUAACCACGGAAAAAUACGAUCGACAGUUCACAUAUACAGUAUAUAAAUCAUGUUUAACCUCGCCGAAAUCAAGGACACCAUCAAAAUUGAGCCUUCAGGAUUCCGCAAGAAGAAAUCGCAGGCUAUCACAGACGAGAUCAACCGGAAAUACGCCAAUAAGGUCCUACAGGAUGUUGGGUUAUGUAUUGCGAUGUACGAUAUCCUUCACGCAAGCGAAGGAUUUAUUCAUCACGGCGACGGCUGUAGUUAUGUAACGGUUCACUUUAGGAUGAUUAUCUUUCGGCCAUUCAUCGGCGAGAUUCUUACGGGCAAGAUCAGAUCGUGUAAUCCGGAGGGCGUUCGAGUAUCACUCGGAUUCUUCGACGACAUCUUUAUCCCAUACAACUAUCUUCAGCCCCAAUCAGAGUUCAGUGCAGAGGAGCAGGUCUGGAUCUGGAGGUACGAAGAGAAUGAGAUGUUCAUGGACCUGGAUGAGGACAUCCGAUUCCGAGUCGAGUCCGAGCAGUUCUUUGAUACCUCCCCCUCAGUCCGACCCAAGAAGGAAGGCGUCGAUACACCCGAUUUGAGCGCCAAUUCGUCCAAACAGGCACCGUACUCUCUCGUAUGCUCGAUCAAUGGCGACGGUUUGGGUCUGUUCUCUUGGUGGGGAUAAUGGCAGGCUUUUAGUAAACAAAAGAAAAAACAAUAAAAAAAGGCAUUCAGCAUUUGAGAAAA